AUGCAGUUCAAGGAUUCCCUUCUUUUGUUGACGGCCUUGUCCGCCGGUUCGGCUGUUGCUCGCCUCCAUGGCCACGAACGUCGCCAUGCACACGCACCGAUUGAAGAUGUCAAGGAGGUUGAAGCGGAGGUUGCAGCGCCGGUCGUCACUCCUGCCGCUGAGAUGGCUUCUGAACUGAAGGCUCGUGCCGUUGGCGAUGAGGUCUAUGCCACUAUCGAUGGUGUUCUCGAGUCUUGGAUCAAUGAGUGGGCUGGCGAGGUUGCUGCUGCCACUUCCACUUCCACCUCUUUCUCGACCUCCAUUUAUGUCGCCCCGACCACCACUGCUCAGCCUACUUCAACCUCCACCCCCGGUGCCGUUGAGUCCACUGUCUCUGCCGUACCCACCUCCACCAGCGGCGGUGCCUGGUACGAGAGUCCCUCCGAUGGCUCGUACUCCCGCUCUGGAUUCGGUGGCCAGUCUCAAAGCCAAGAUACUGGUCUCCUGGAUUGGGACUACGUGGGCAAUGUUGGUGUCCCCUGGGGUAGCAACAUCAUCCAAGUCGAAGAGACCAGUGCUAGCCAGUACAAGCACGUUCUCCGCUUCGAGGGCAGCAACACUGACGAGUGGACUGUCGUUAUGUGGAACACCUACGGCCCCAACGGCAAGCUCGACGGUUUCUGGAGCCCCAACAAGGCCCUUGAAUUCACCCUCGCCCCCGGUGAGAUCGCCUACGUCGCCAUCGACGAUAACUCUCAGGGUGGUUGGACUGCUGGUCCCGGAUCUGUCCCCCUAUCUGGCAUUGGCCAAUACGCUGGUACCUGGGGUGAGUUCGACAUGAGCAACGAGAAGAACGACGGCUGGUCCGGCUGGGAUGUUUCCUCCAUCAUUGCUCAGCUCGCCGGUCUUGAAGUCUCGGGUAUGCGCAUCUGUAACCACCAGGGCGAGAGCUGCUCCAACAUCGGCACUGGUCUUGCCAGCCUCCUCAACGCCUACACCAGCGCCGAUCAGGGCAAAGACAACCUGGCCGUUACCCAGCAGAGCGGUCCCGUCCGCCUUGUUGUCCAGCUUGACUGGAGCGAAUAA